UUAUUAGUCCAUGGACAUAAAUAGAAUAUGGAUUGUGACGCUACUGUGCCACGACGACUAUUGCCACGAUGGCCGAAGAGACUGACACAAACGAUAAAACGACGAUGGAAAGUAUAGCGCAAAAUAUACUCGAGGUCAGUACCGGAGGUGGGUCUGCAUCGAACGAAGUAGCCGCAUUAGAGUUUCAAGCUUCACAGGUAAUAUCGAGGCUCGAGGAAGCUGUAGAGAGGGCAGCCGACGGUGGCGGUACCACAUGGAACAAUCCUUCCGGAUUUCUUUCACAGCCAAAAACUUCUGAUGAGAUAUUAACUUUAAUUCAGGAUUUGGUAAUUCACGAGGAUGCCCCACAAUCUGUUAAAGAUGGUUCAACAGAAACAACAAGUCAAGUAACUACUUUGCCAACAUUAACCGAGCCAGCAAAAUUAGCUUUAAUCGCACAUACUAUAUCCGCGUAUGCGCUUGCACUUCCAAAAUCCCAUGCUCAGAGACUAGCUGGCCGAUUGGCUGCAGAUACAACUAGAUGGCUAAGUCAUAUUUUCCGUUUCGUCGAUUGUGCCUCUUCAUUUCACGAGGAUCAUUUGGAAGGUUUGGUCCGAGUGACCAGAUUGGCUCUACAUCGAAAAUAUCCUCGAUAUAUGGAAGAAGGUUUUACUGCACUUGCAGCCUCUCCACCUUUAAUUUACAGUUCUGUGGCUGCACCUUUAGGAGUUGUUCAACAUUUGUGCAAACAACUUUCCUUGCCACUCCAUUGUGUAAGGCCCAUUCCCCAUAACACAAUGUUUGGAUCGCGAUAUAGCAUGGAUGUAUCAGCUUUAGAACGCAGACUUGCUGAAGAUACACAAUCAAAUAAUGUAACGCCACUUCUGGUAUUAGCAGAAGGAGGCUCAGUUUUAACAGGACAUUGCGAUAAUAUUGCUAGAUUACGUGCAAUUUGUGAUAAAUAUAAUGUUUGGCUUCAUCUUAGAGGUCAUUCUUUAGCUGCAUUAGCAUUGAAUAAUUCUGCAAAAGAUUUGCCUUCUAAGAUUGCAGAUAGUGUUACAUUACCUCUUGGUAUAUGGCUUGGUAUACCAUCUUUGCCAGUAGUUACAUUAUAUAGAUUAACGGAUACAAAAGGCGGUCGUCCAACUACAAGAGAUACAACUUUGUCUUUAGUAUCAGGUUUAAUGACCGAUUCAUUGUCAAGACGUUUACCAACUUUACCAUUAUGGACUACAUUACAAGUGUUAGGUAGAGAUGGUGUACAUAAUAGAUUGAAGAGAUGUUUCUUAGCUGUGGAAGAAUUGUACAAUAAAAUUAAGAAAUUUUCUUGUAUAAGGAUAUUGAGUCAACCACCUGGAGGUGAAACAGGAUCCUAUACUAUAAAUGAGCUUCUAACAAAUCCAGUGAACAAUCCUCAGCUGUUUGAAGCUGUUGCUAGUGCAUUAGUAUUUCAAUUUGUGCCUGCAGAUAGAGAUCCACAAACAACAGAACGCGUUCCUCCUUAUUACGAUAAAUUAAAUUCUUGGUUAGGUCAAAUUCUCCAAAGAGACAUCGAAAAUGUACAAAUAGAGUUAUGUGAAAUAGAACAUCAUGGUAUUGCAAUUCGUAUUUGUCCUCUAGAAAAUCCGGAACAACCUCCUUCAACUGAAGACAUAGAUAAUGUAAUAGCUUGUUUGGAACAACAGAUAGAAAUAUUACAAGCAACAGUUGAACAUAAAGCAACAUUCGUGCGAUUAGUCUCAGAAAAUGAUUCUUUACAUUUAGUAGAAAUGCCUGGUUGGGCAGGUUUAGGUGGUGUUCGAUAUGCUCCUCCUACUUGGAUUCAUGUUAUGACUGAUCAAGCAAAAGAAGAACUGAAUAGAUUAAACACGCAAUUAGUUGAAGCUUUACGAAAUACGGAUGCGGCAUUUUCUCUAGGAGAAGGAGCCGAUGGUUUAGCUUGUGUACGAUUUGGAAUGGUUACACAAGAUACAGAUGUAGCCGAAUUAUUAUCUUUAGUUUUACAAGUUGGUCAAGAAGUGGAAGCUAGUUCUAAAUUAUUGGAUACAAUAUCUGAAGUAGUGAAAAGAGGUAUUGAAGCUGCCCAGACAGAUUUGGAAAGAGAAAAUGCUGAAAAAUUAUGGCAAGAAGGUAUUCUUAGACAUGUGCCUGUUGUGGGAACUUUUGUUAAUUGGUGGAGUCCUCCCUCGAAAGAGACUGGGGUUCGUGGACGCAGUUUAAAUUUACAAGCUGGAGUUGUUGAAAGUACAGAAAAUAUUUACAAGUAUCAUAUGCAAUUACAACCUAAUUCUACGGUAAUCAAUGGAUCUGGUGCCAGAACUCCGCCACAACCUCUUGUACAAACUCCUGUUGGCGCGAGUAGUCAAAGUCAUAGUCGUUCAUCAAGCCAUUCUAGUUUACAGAGUGGGAAAAGUAUUUCUGUGAUCACAAAUACUACCUCUCACCCGCAGGUAAAAGAAGAAUCGGGCGAGGUAAAGUCGUAGUAAACAUUAAAUGACACAGUUGAUCGGCAGAAAAUUCAGUUCAAUAAUUUCAAGUUUACGAACUUGGCAAAGGAAUAAUGCUCUAGGUGAAACGUUCGAGUGUUUCCGGUAGAAGCUAUCCUUUACAUUUGCAGAGCACAGCAAAAAAAUUAGUAUCCUUAAAGCAUUGAAGAGCUUCAAAAGUCGACAAAGAUAAAGAUAUGCUGUUCUCUCUUUCGUUCUUUUCAUAAUAAACUAUUUUAUGCUACUUUUUUUCUGUCAUUUUAUAUCAAUCGUAUUAUUUUUUUUCUUCUUCACCUAUUUCUGUCAUUCUCAUCAUGAUUCAAUUUCACUUGAAAAGUCUGUCAAAUAUGGCUUGUGUACUUAUUAGACUGAUAAUAAGAUGUUGCUUUUAUCCUGAGUUUAUUUGAUAAAAAGUAUUAACUGUUUGUAUUUUAUUAAAGUAUUUCUCUAAGUAUUUCCAUAGCACAACAUUUAGAAAUAUAUUUUAUUAUGUUCAUGAUAUAACUUUAAAUAAUUAUUUUUAAGUUUUUAGUUAGUUAAAUGAAUAUCAAUAUUACAAUAUAAAAUUAAAUAAACUAAAUAAUAGGCUAAUUAAGUUUUCAAGAACAGUGUUUUACAUCGACUUUAUGUGCACAUAAAUUCUGAAUAAAUUUUCAAUCAAAUUUC